AUGGCCGAUUCGUCCAAUUCUGCGGCCUCUGGCGCCGAAAAGCCCAAGGCGGCUCCCAAGCCUGUCAACCCUGCCUUCAGGGCACUCGGCAUGCCCAAUUUCCGGUUCAAACUGCCCUCUAGAAACUGGAUGAUCUUCUUGACCGUCACUGGCUCCUUCGCUGGUGCUAUCAUCUACGACCGCCGCGAGAAACGCCGUGCACAACAGAAAUGGUGCGACCUCGUGGCUCAUCUUGCAUCGGAGCCGCUGGCGGUGGAGCAGAUGCGCCGAAAGUUGACUGUUUACCUUGCUGCACCCCCGGGUGAUGGUAUGCGUGUUGCUCGCGACCACUUCAAGGAAUAUGUCAAGCCUAUCUUGACCGCGGCGGCAUUGGAUUAUACCGUGAUUGAGGGUCGGAGGGAGGGAGAUGUACGAGCUGGUACUGCGGAAAGUAUUCGCAAGCUGCGACGAAAUGCCGGUGAGCCGAGCUCGGUUGUUACUGACCCUACAGUUGAAUCCGCUGUGCUUGAUGCGCGAGAGCGCCUGGGAAUCCAAGACGAGCCCGGUCCCAAGGGCGACUUGGUGAUCGGUCGCCACACCUGGAAGGAAUAUGUCCGCGGCUUGCAUGAGGGUUGGCUUGGACCUUUGGACCCUCCGUCUCCCCCGGUCGACACUUCGGUUCCUGAAGGAACUGGGGAGGCCAUGAAGGACAUUGCUACUGGUGAUGCGCCAGCUGAUAAGCAGGAGAAUGUCGAGACCCUCGAGAAGACCCUCGAAAGUGCGGAGAAGCCCGAGGAAAAGCCCGAGGAAAAGAAAGAAGAGAAGCCUAAGCCCACUGGUCCUGCCGAUGCUUAUAUCUAUCCUGCCGAAUACUCGUCCGCCUCUCUCCCUCCUUCCCUCCCCCAGUCCUUCGACAACUCAGUCCCCGUUGAAUUCCCCCACAUCCUCGGCUUCCUGAACACACCCAUUCGACUCUGGCGUUACAUCAAUGAGCGCCAUAUGGCCGAGAACAUCGGCCGUCAGGUUGCCUCUGCCGUUCUCGCCGCAAGCUCAAGACCCUUCCGCGAUGAAUCCUUCAGCGCAGACUCCGACUUGAGCGGAGCCGACGUUGACUCCACGACCUCGCGUGGUGGCUACGAGCAGCAAAACAUCUUGGAUGUGGAAGAGAAGGAAUGGCACAAGUCUGUGCACAAGCGCGAGGAGGCCGACAAGGAGCGCGAGUGGCUGGACGACAUCGUGCUCGACCCCCGUAUUGCCUCCCGCAUGCAGACUGUCAUGAUAUCGCCCGAGGACGAAGCCCGCUCCCAGCGUAUCUUCAGCCAGGAAGAGUACAUCCUCGGCCAGGAGCGCCCGGCUCCUGUUCCGUUCUGGAAAGGUUUGUGGAUCAAGUAUGGCUACGGUGAGGACGCGGAGACUAUCAGGAGAAAGCCGAUCCUACCUAAUGUUGAUGAGGAGGAUGCGUAA